GGGAGCCAGGAGGGUGUCCUUCUCGAGGGGCCUGGGCAUUUCUUCCUCCCCUCCCCUCCCCGGGACAGCGAGUGACCGUGGCCUCUCUCCAUUUUGCAGCGCACGACAGCCGCCGCUGCAGCGCCAGCAAGAGGGAGCAGCUCCUUGUCCUCAGCGCUUCCCAGCUCACCUCAGCAUGCAGAGAGCAUGGCCACCGAGAGCGAGUGGAGCUGCCCCAUCUGCUGCGACGAUCAAGACGACAUCGCCUGCAGGGGCCUGCGGGGCUGGUGCCCUGGGCUCAGUCUGGACGAGGAGGUGUUGGUGCAGAAGCUGCAGAACUGCCUGUCACAACACACGCGGACAUUCGUCCCCCGGCUCAUCACCGCCGCCGUUCGCCUGUGCGGCUGGGCGGUCCGCCAGCACCUGGGCCAGCAGGACCCCCGCGCUGCCGGCGGGGAGGACAACGGCCCUGCAGCCAGCCCCAGCUCCACGGCCUCCCCGGGGUGGACUCCCGCUCCCCACCCGGCCUCCUCCAGCAGCGCUGCAGGCCCCGACGUGGAAGAGGAAGCCAGCACGUCAGAGGCCACCCUCCGCGGGGGUCCCGACAGCCGCCCAUCUGCGCCUGUCCCUGCAGAGCAAGAUCAGCCCCAGGAGGAGCCGGGGGAGGCGGCAGCGGCAGGUCCCUCUGCCCAGGGCUGCAGCCCCUCCGCUCCUGGCCGGGGCAGGGACCGCUUGCCCAGGGGGCCCUGGCGCCCCCCGAAGAGGAAGGCCUCCGGCCCCCGGGACUCUGCCCAGCCUGCAAGAGGCCACCCCGCCGGCGGCACUAGCAGGGCUCUGUCAACCCUUGAUUCAAGGAAAAGGAAAUAA